AUGAAUCCAUUUGAAGUGGUUUAUGGUUUUAACCCCCUAACCCCUUUAGAUCUCACUCCUCUUUCUCGAGUUGUUGUGUUAAGGUUAGAUGGGAGUGAGAGAACUGAAGCCAUGUGGAAGCUACAUGAAAGGGUGUGGCUGCACUUAGAGAAGUCGAACAAAGAUGUAGCAAAAAGGGCUAACAAGGGCCGUAAGGGGAUCGUGUUUGAACCGGCUGAUUGGGUGUGGGUACACUUUCGUAAGGAGCGUUUUCCCACCCAUCAUAGGAUGAAGUUGAUGCUGCGAGGUGAUGGACGAUUUCCAGUUAUUGAGCGGCUCAACGACAAUGCCUACAAGGUUGCCCUUCCUCCAGAAUAUCAAGUGCGCAACACUUUUAAUGUGUGCGACCUGUCCCCUUUUCCAACUGUUGGUGAUGAUGAUCCGUCGAAUUUGAGUACAAAUUCUUUUCAAGAAGGAGAGAAUGAUGCAAUAAGAAUUUCAACAAGGCCAUUUACUGGAAGCCAAGCUCAAGACCUUCAAAGGAUGCAAGGGUUAUUUAUGAAGAUGGAAGUGCUCGAGAUGGUGUUGAUGACAAGCAAGGACUUUCAUACCUUGAAGAUUACAGAAGAAGGCACUAUUGGUGAGCAGGGCCCACUUAGCGCGUCGUCCAAAGGCUUAGGUAAUGGUCCCAGAUCACCUAAUGCCCCAGAACGUGACCAUGGCUGA